AUGUAUAAUACAGGAGUUUUGCAGUACACAAAGCCGGGCAACAGCAGAGAUCGAGUGGGAAUAACUGAAAGGAUUGGCAAGGUCACCCAUCUCUGCAUGGGAGCAAGCAUCGCACAAAAAGGUUCAGUGAUCUUCGAGGAAUCUCGAGCAUUCUCAGCCAGUCGCCAAACAAGAACCUCGUUUCCAGCUUACGCAGGUGUUCUUGAAAUUUCCGAGGCAGCUGCUGGGUUCCCAGGUGAGCUUGUGAAAAGGGAAGAAGAAGAAGAAGGAAUUUCGUCGUCGGAGCUUCUUUUCCCAUUCGCCACUUUUAUCCAGUCGCUGAAUUCUGUGUCAGAGCUUGAAUUUCAAGUUGACAUCCCAGAAAAUUCAACUGUCAAAGAGUUGGAUGCUCAAAUUGCAAGAGGACCAGCAAAAGCCGUUAACCACGCCGGCUUCGACGACGACGACGACAACAGUGGGCGCAUAAUCGAUGCGACAAGCAGCAGCAGCGAGGGCUUCAGGUUCACCGGAAAUGAAAAUAAAGCGAGCGGCUACUCGGAGGGCGGUCUCGAGAUUGUUAGUCCAAUUCCCGCUCGCAUCCAUUACCGCACAAUGCCGCCGCCGAGGAACGAACCAGGGCCUGCUGCUGCUGGAAACAGGGCUUCAUUUCCGAGUUCUGCUUCGUCGCGUCUCUCUGGAAAUAGCGCUACGCUGGGAAUUGAUAAAAGCCAGUCAAGUCAGUCCCACGCGACUGCUGCGGUGUGUGAAGUGCAAGGCCACCUGCCUGCUCGCAUGACCCAUCACCCGCUCAUCGUGUCAUAUCUGCAUGCCGUUGGCUCCCUUCGAGGACCAGCAAAAGCCGUUAACCACGCCGGCUUCGACGACGACGACGACAACAGUGGGCGCAUAGGGAACCGGAAAGUGGAGGAGAGGAAUUUUUGCAAGAUCGAUGCGACAAGCAGCAGCAGCGAGGGCUUCAGGUUCACCGGAAAUGAAAAUAAAGCGAGCGGCUACUCGGAGGGCGGUCUCGAGAUUGUUAGUCCAAUUCCCGCUCGCAUCCAUUACCGCACAAUGCCGCCGCCGAGGAACGAACCAGGGCCUGCUGCUGCUGGAAACAGGGCUUCAUUUCCGAGUUCUGCUUCGUCGCGUCUCUCUGGAAAUAGCGCUACGCUGGGAAUUGAUAAAAGCCAGUCAAGUCAGUCCCACGCGACUGCUGCGGUGUGUGAAGUGCAAGGCCACCUGCCUGCUCGCAUGACCCAUCACCCGCUCAUCGUGUCAUAUCUGCAUGCCGUUGGCUCCCUUCGAGCCACACUAGCAAGCCUUCUCUUCCCUCAUCCUACACCGGCGAGAAGCAGUUGGAAGAAGUUGGAGCACUUGACGCGAGCAGAAAGCCGAUUCAAUUACCGAGGAUUCGGGCCCGGGGAUCAAUUUGUUUCCGGGCAUUUAUUCGCCAGAGUGAGCUCACGGGGUUCUUCGGGAGGAAAUCCGAAAGCUGCCCACAAACACGCUCAAAUCCUUGAUGCUGCUAUUGGAACGCAAUAUGCGCACUACUAUACGAAGUAUACGCUCAACUUAUUCUUAUUCUUCGUCUGGCUGAGACCGACCCGGGGGACUGAAUUCCUGAUUUCUGAUGAACGCAGGAAAACCAAUUGA